CGAAAACAGCCCAUCUUCCCGACUGCGGCCAUGAUUUUGUUAUGAGGCUUAUUUGUCCGUCUGUUCGUGCUACACAACACAAUUGAAAAUCUGCAGACAUGGCUGAUCCGCGGGACUCGUCGCCGCGUACCUCGGCGCCGGAUUUAGAGAUCCUGGGGGAUCAGGUUACGCUUCACCCGAGUGGAUAUGUUGAGCCUCCGGCAAGGACGCAGGAUGGCGACAAGGAGAGGAACCUGGUGGAGCAUAUGGCGAGGUUCAGGUCGAGUCCUUUGGAGUUUCUGAGAGAGGUAUCACUCCACGUCUCUGGCACAGGAUGGCGGGCCUACGACCAUUUUAUCGGACAACCGAUCUUCUAUUCUGGAUUCUCGGAGAAUAUGACGGCGGCGGUGCUCUCUACACCUAUCCUGCAGAAACGAAUCACUGAAUUGGCGGAGAAGAGGAUUGCUGUGGAGGAGAAGGAUGGACUGUUGAAUAAGGAUGAUCCUUCGUAUGCUGCUAAGCGGUACCAGAGGAAGACGGUUAUUGAGCAGAGUCUUAAUGAGUUGUGUGAAAAGUUGACGGGGGAUAUGAUUUGCAAGAUGGAGAGCAAGCCGUUUAUCCGGAGUGCGUACUAUUUAUGUACGCAGCUCUUGACCAGGGCAUAUCACCAAGGCAUUCAUGUGUCCAGUGAAGAAGUUCUGCGACUACGAACGGUGGCGGAGAAGGCAGAGAAGAACAAGCAAAGCAUAAUCUUCUUGCCUUGCCAUCGUUCACACGUAGACUACGUUUCGUUGCAAAUAAUCUGCUAUAGGCUAGGUCUAGCGCUGCCUACGGUCGUGGCAGGAGAUAAUCUUAAUUUCCCGGUCGUAGGAAGCUUCUUACAGCACGCUGGCGCUAUGUGGAUUCGUCGCAGCUUCGGUGAUGACAUUCUUUAUACCACGCUUGUACAAUCCUACAUCGACACACUCUUGCAGGGUGGCUUCAAUUUCGAGUGUUUCAUUGAAGGAGGACGAUCGAGAACAGGGAAACUCCUCCCUCCAAAAUUCGGAAUCCUAAGCUUCAUUCUGGACAGCAUACUGUCUGGAAGAGUCGAAGACACAAUCAUCUGCCCUGUCAGCACCCAAUAUGACAAAGUCAUUGAGACGGAAGGCUACGUUGGCGAAUUGCUCGGGGUCCCGAAAAAGAAAGAGAAUUUGGCCGACUUCUUGUCUGCAUCCUCGGUUCUGUCUUUGAAACUUGGCCGAGUGGAUGUGAGAUUCCAUGAACCUUGGAGUUUGCGGCAAUUCAUUCAAGACCAACAAGCUAGAACAGGAAUACCGAAGAGUAUCGACAUGAAGAGUGUUAAUGAUCCAGCUACGAGGCAAAAGUUGCUGCGCACUCUUGGGUACAAAAUGCUCUCUGAUAUCAAUGCGGUAUCCGUCGUUAUGCCCACUGCUCUGAUUGGAACUGUUCUUUUGACUUUGAGAGGCAGAGGUGUCGGAAAAGCGGAGCUGGUACGGCGAGUUGAAUGGCUGAGCGAUCGUGUCAGAUCAAAAGGUGGCCGAGUUGCUCAUUUUGGAAAUGCACCGACUUCAGUAGUCAUCGAACGUGGCCUCGAUGUUCUCGGCAAAGAUCUUGUCGGACUCGUCGAAGGUCUACCAGAGCCUACCUAUUAUGCAGUUGACCGGUUUCAGCUGUCAUUCUACCGCAAUAUGACGAUACAUCUGUUUAUUUCGGAGGCGUUGGUCAGUGCAAGCAUGUACCUGAGGGUCAAGCGCGGAGGUGGGCCUGACAACCAAAGAAUCUCAUAUGAGGAGCUCCGCGAACAAGUUCUAUUUCUAUCUCAACUGUUCCGAGGGGAAUUUAUAUAUCCAACCGAAGGGCUCGCGGCCAAUCUGGACAAUACUCUUAAAGGUCUCGAGGCAGACAAGGUCAUCGAGUUGACUCGAGACAACGAAGGCAAGGUCACAGGAGUAGGACUCGCGGAGGAAGAACGAGUUGCAGGUCGCGAGAAUUAUGACUUCUACUGCUUCCUGAUAUGGCCAUUCAUUGAAGCCAGUUGGCUUGGUGCAGUAUCACUGAUGGGAUUUUCACCACCAUUAGCUUAUAAGGGAGACGGGUGGCUGGACUCCGCGAAGUGUCAAAGCAGUUCCCAGUUGCUCGGCAAAACUCUGUACCAUCAGGGCGAUUUAUCGUAUUUCGAAGCAGUCAACAAAGAAACACUUAAGAAUGCAUGGGCAAGAUUUGAAGACGAGGGGAUCGUUGUGGUGGCCAAGAGCAGAAACGCAAAGAUCCUACCUCGAGCUAAAUUAGCACCGGAUUGGACGCCUCAGCGCAACCCGCAAAGUGGAGCCAUCGUGCCCGAGGGUAAAUUAUGGGAUUUCAUUGAGAGGAUAGCACAAUCUCGGAGAGAAGGAAAGAAUAGAAGAGAUGGCGCUACAGUCUCAACUAGAGUUUUACGGCAUACCGAGACAAUUGCGCAGAAUCUUUUCAUGAAUACAACGGGGGAGACAAAUAUGUCUGAAGAGGACAAGCUUCUGUUGAAAAAGAAGCAGAAAAGGAGACAAGCGUUGAAAGCAAGGGCGCAUUUGUGAAUAUGUAUUAUACCAGAGCAUUUGUACACGGAUUUGUGAGAUAAGAGAGAGCAAUCUGUACCACAUCAUGAA